UCUACCUGUAUCACAGCCCAUCUCCGCCCAGAGUCUCACCUACUUAUUUGCACUGAAACAUAACUGAAAAUGUAUUCAAAACAUACUCAGAGCAGCCUGCAUGCUCUGGCUGUGUACUGUUUUUCCUGAGGCUCUUUACAAUGACACACAUACAAAAAAAAAAGACUCUAACAGAGGCUUCGCCUUCAGAAACUGUUGCAACAGACCCACCAUGUGAAACAAAAGAAGGCUGGGAUGCUCAGUUUUAGGGUCACAGUUGUAUCUGAACUCUGGUGAAAGUAGCAUUCGUUAGCAUGUUUUCUGGGUUAUCAUUCAUACUUUCCCCCCCUUGCAACAAGGCAAUAAAUGUAUCUGAAUAAACCAUUGUGGCUGUUGUGUUUGCCACUGGUGCUGUUUUAUAUGGAUCAGGCUGUGACCUCUGCAUUUAUGAGGCCUACAUGUUUAUAGCUGAUUGAGAGUCAGCUUAAAAUGUACUUUUACUCACUGGCCUGUAACUGUGUUAAACUUCCUUCCUGCUGAAGCCUCUGUUGGAGUUUGUUGUCUUACGGUGAAUUGUGUAACCAUUGAUUUUAUAGAACUUCCCCUGCUCUUUAGCUGUUUAUAUCUCUGUUGUGUGUAAAGUGCUACAAAAGAGUUGAACUGACUGAUUAAUCAUCAGUGUUAACUUGUGUGAUUGAACAUUAAAUAUCAUAUAAAGUCACAAGGGCUCAAUGCUGCUCAGAUGCAGAACUGUGAACUUACACGUCCUGACAUCACCUGAACGCAGCGUCUGUGUGGGCGUGUCCAGUGACCGAGUGGGCGGGGCCGAGGCAGACAGGUGUAGAGGUUCAAACCUGUGUUUCAGGUGCUUCUGUCUGCGCGUGACGAAAGUGCAGGUGUCUGUUUGGUCAAUGUAGCGCUUUAUUUUUCUUUUCUAAUGUAAAUUCCAGCGUCUCCUUUUAUCUGUUUACAUUUACUUAUCUUAUCUACCAGGGGACUUCGUCUUACGCUCGACAUGAAGUUAAUGCAGUUUGCAACUUGCAUUAAACAAUAUCCAACUCUUCCUAUGGGACAGCCGUGUGGUGUUUUCCAUGUUAAAGCAUCAGAGGCUGUGUGAGUUGAGGAGGAAACACCUGUUGCACCUGCCUGCGAACUCUCGACUGCCGCUCGUACCGCGUGGCCUGCCUGAACUGAAUGCAGAUAUCGAUAAUGAAAGCUUAAUCAGAUCCUUUAAUAACCCUGAAGGAAACUGAUUAAGACCAACUCUUUUAUUUCUGGACCAAAGAUGGAGCUGGCCGGGCGAAGGACAACGUGUCUGGCCCUGCUUUUUCUAACUGUGGUGUGUGUGCAGAGUAACUUUGUGGAGCCUCUUGAACCCGUCACUUCCCAGCUCUCCCUGGCAGAGAGUCAGACCAGGCUUCCCUGUCACUACCAGGUAGAGGAGGGGCAGAAAGUGGUGCAGGUCACCUGGUACAAGGAGGUCGAUGGCAGCAAGGACCAGAUCAUCACGGCCCACUUCACGGAGGGCCACACAGAGUUUGGGCGUUACUCUGGUCGGGUGAAGUUUGAGAGCAGCAGCCCCACAGAGAACUCGGCUCUGCUUAUUCCCAGCACAGAGGAGUCAGACGACGGCAGCUACACCUGCCACAUCUCCACCUACCCAAACGGAAACUUUGACAGGAAAAUCAUCCUCACCGUCUGGCUUCUACCCAUCUCCUCCCUGGAUCCUGUAAACCUGGUGGAGGGCCAGUCAUUCCGUGUGGCCGCCACCUGCCGGGCUGUGGGUCGCCCGCUUCCCCGUCUCUCCUGGGACACCGACCUGCCAGGUCUGUCUCAGAACCGCACCAGCGAGGGCGGGUCCGUGUCCAGCUACUACUCCCUGCACCCGUUGCGUAGCAUGAAUGGGAAAAAGCUGGACUGCUUAGUGUGGCAUCCUGGCCUGGAGCGGCCGCGCAGGAUCUCAAACCACCUGGUGGUUCAGUACCCCCCAGAUGCCACCAUCUCCCCUGCUUCAGAAGACUGGCAUGUGGGUUUGGAGAACGCUGAGCUGGUGUGCGACAGCGGAGGAUUCCCCAAACCCCAGAACAUCACCUGGACAUGGAGAGGAGGAGCUCUGCCAGACGGGGUGUCUGUUGAUGGAGGAAAACUUGUUUUUGGGCGGGCCAUCCGCAUGAAUGACAGUGGGGUCUAUGAGUGUGUGGUCAAAAACAACGUAGGAGUAGGAAAAGCAGGGUAUACAGUGACAGUAGCAGAGAAAUCUCAACGCAAGGGCUCCUCUCCCGAUGAUAACCUGAAGCUGAUCAUUAUUGGUGCUUCAGCUGCAGCUUUGGUCAUGUUAAUGGUCAUUGUCGUCUUGCUGGUCCACCGCCACCACCGGAAGAGAAACAAGAAGCUUGAGAUGGAGCUCAGCGAAAAAACGGAGGAAAUAACCAGCUUCUCCAGACAAGCUUCCUUCAGGAGACUGAACUCUGUUAGCACAGACCCAAGAGUGCAGCCUGAAGAUUACGCCCUGCUCCGUGUAGACAGCAGAAUGAGAAACAGCCAGAUAUCUCUGGAGCGACCCAUCUACAAAGGCAGCCAGUCCACUCUAGGCGGGAAGUGGGGUCCUCCAGGAGGGGUAGAGGUGGAUGAACUGGGACGGCCGGUCAUCUGGCACAACGGCAGGGAGAGCCUGAGACGAGUGGAGAUGGACAGAGAUGUGGAGGAACGCACGAGGAUGGAGUUGUACCGGAAGAACAGCAACAUGUCUCUGGACUCAGGUCUUCCUUCAUCCCUGGUUCCCGUAAAGGCCCAGCAGGACGACGGCGUCGGGCCCAGAGAGCCAGACCUCGGCCACCUCAGGGAAGGAGACUCCCUACAUAAAGAGGACUGGGCUCCCACCCAGUCGGUAGAGGAGGGGCACGAGGAUGACAGCUACAGCAGCUCCCACCAGAUCUCAGAGGCGCUCAACACUCACUUCUACUACAGUAACGGAGUCCUCAGACCCAGGCCACACUCCAAUGCCAUUCUGCUGAACCCCAGAUCACAGAUGAUCUAAAUCUCAGACCCUCAUCCACUACACAUAAAGAGAAAAAGUCUGUCUGCAUUCCUGCAUUGACAGUGAUUUUAUUAUAUGUAAUUAAAUGUUUGUUUUGUACACAUUGACUGCAAUGGGUAAUUUGCCUCAGACGCUACCCAAAUGCUGAUAACUUUUUACCUCUGUGUUGUUAGAUUUUGAUCCUUUAUUCUAACGCCAUACUAUUUGGGAAUUUUAUAAAUAAUUAUUUGGCCAUUUUAUUAUAUAUCAACAGUAGAGAGAUGACAGAAAAUAAGAGGAGAGAGAGAAAGAUGGUGAAUGAAAUGAAAUUCUAGAUGUUUUUGAUUUUAAUUAUUUUAAAGAAAUGAAGAAUGAAAAGGCCAGAGAUUUUAAUCUUUCACUCACCACAACUGCAUUUAAUUGAAAACUCUUUCUCUUCUUGAAAAUGAAAGGAAUCAAGGUUCCUGUUACAGUGUUUACUGUAUUUGUGCAUCCACAGCUUCCGGUGAAUUACAGCUGAAUACAGGGUUUCAUAUCAACAAAUGCAGAGGCCCUGAUAACUUGGGGUGCGUUGUUUACAUCAAAAACAUUCAGGGAGGAUAGUAUGGACAAAGACACAAUUUCUUAGCUGCAAGUCCUGGCCAUGGCACAGUGAAUGUGUUGACAUUUUCAGCUUGGAUGCACCUGUGGAUGAGAGGUUAGUGUAUGUGUUUGUAUAUGUAUGUAUUAUGUGUGUGUAUAUAUAUAUAUAUAUAUAUGAUGAAGUGAUAACUACUGUAUGCUUAUAAUUAUGUUAUUCGUGGUUACCUACUUCUACAAAUAGGUCACAAAAGCUGUUACCCUGAGCACCUGAACAUAGACCUGGAAAAACUGGUAGAUUCUCAUGGGUAAAGCUGGCUUCCAUGAUCAGGUUUAAACCACAUGUACAUUAAACUGUGAGUGCACAGCAAAGAAGAGACUGGAUGACACAUGCAGGAGAUGAGCUACAGAACAUCCCUCUGUGUUAACGCACUGUCAGCUGAGUGCUUAUGUUGUCUGAUAACAACAAUGUGCAAGUUGUUUUAUAUUCAUCCAGUGUUUUGUAUGAAAGUGAAAAAAAGACAUGUAACUGUUGAAAUGUUUAUUCAUAAAAGUACAGCAUAUGCAAUUUUAAAAACAGUCCUUGUUCUUUCUCUAUUGAGACCUGGGACAGUUAAGCUUGUUUCACCUCGUUUGUGGAUAAAGGGCAUCACAAGAUAGUAGCAGCUUUAUUAAACUGUACUGAUUUCCUGGUUUCUCGUUGUUCUAAACGUCUCAGCAGUGACUGAAAUAACUGAGAUCGUGGAUACAAGUGGAAAAAGUGGAUUUUUAAAGGAUGGCUUGUUCCAGUCUGUGUGACGGAGUGGUGAGUUCAGUUAUCUCAGAGAACCUCUGUAUUAAAUUGUUAGUUUAGCAGUUUA